CCAAGCAUGAAGGCCGCAGUUAGCCAUUGAGAAUGGCAGCGGACAGAGGCCUGGGUAUACCUCGGUGUGUGCUUGAUUCCGCGGGUAGCACCUCGCUCAAGACAGUUAUCGAAGCAUUCAGCAACAUCAAUGAGGAGCAAGCAUGGGGUGUUUGUUUUCAGUGUGCCAAAGCGGCUCAACUCUGCAUGGACGAAGAUCCUUCGAAGUGUUUCAUGCUCACCGACAUCGAGCAAGUACGUGUGCGAGAAGACGGCAAUGUUGAUCGAUCGUCUUUCUACGGUGUCGGGGGUCCAACCGAUCUGACGAGAAAGCCAGUCCCGACGGAGUACAAGUUGGUCGCAGCACUGGGAAUGGUGAUUUACCAAGUUCUCGAUCUUGGAUUGCCAGCUGAUGAGGAAAAGACUCUCUCCUCCUCCCUCGAGAGUCUCAUUGACAAAAUGACUUCAUCUGGGAGCCUCUCACCCGAUCUCGGACAAGAGGACAGAGAGGCGGAUGAAGGGAUUGAACAAGAUGCUGGAGAAAAUGAUGAAGGGGACCGAUUUUCAUUGCAGAAGGUCCUCGAGCUAUGCGCCAAUCAUUUGAAGACAUCGAGUCUGGAAGAUGCGGAAGUCCAUUACAGAAACGUUUGUCGGGCAUUGGUCAGAGAAGCCUUGGACCUCACUCAGUUCUUGGACAUCGUCAGUCAAGGAUCAGAAACGUUGAAGAAAUUUGGCGACAAUGAAUCUACCUCAGAAAUAGACCAUCUGCAUUUCUCGGAUUGGAGGUACAAAUUGAACAAGAUUAUGGUGGAUGGGAAACUUCCCCCCAAGGUCAAAAAGGAUGCCCAUGCCUUCAUCUUGGAAUUCAUCCGAUCUCGUCCACCUCUGAAAAGGGCUCAGGACAGGCCUCAAAAGCCGAAAAAGAAGGAGUCCUGCCUUCAUGACAUGAUGAUGGAAGAAAUCCGCUCCAGCAGCAAGGAGAAACUUCGCCAUGCGCCAACGGUGGAGACUUCGAGAACCAAAUUCAAUGAUUCGGAGCCGACUCCUGAGCCGAGAAGGCGACUAUUGCAAGCCGAAGACGCUUUGGCAAGAUUGCCCAACUUUGAGGAUGAUGAUAGCGACGAUGAUCUCAGCGACGAAGAGCCCAGUCAAAAUCAGAACGGUGGUCGACAUCAGCCCAAAAGAAGAGAGUCAACGGAAUCCAGCGAAGGUAAGGUGGAAAGGAGACAUAGCAUUUCGGUGUGCCAGUAUCCUACCCCUCGACCAAGAAGAAAGAAGUCUCAUGCUGAGGAAUCUCCUAAUUCCACCUCGUAUCCCACCAAAUUCCAAGAUGUCAUCCUCAAUUCCAGUCUCUGGGAGGAGCCGAUCGAUUACUUAUCGCUAACUUUGGAAGAAGUGGUUCACAUACGGACCGUCUUAACCCGUGCGGACCUGGAGACGCUCUUGUUUGAUCUGAAGUUGUACAACGCUGUCGCCAAAGGACAGAUUUGCUUUUCAUGCCGAAAAACCAAACUUAGUAUCCUCAGCUCACUUAGGAAGAAAUGUCGAUUGUGUGAGCAGCGGAUUUGCGCCAAGUGUUGCUCCAAGAUGAACAUCCCCGUGGAGCAUUUCUCACGGAUCCCCGUGUUCGCCCUUAGUCCCACGUCGCCAUCGGAGGAGGAGACGCCUACCGGAACGUCAAGGUCCGGGGCAAAGUCUUUUCUCUCUCGCCUCAGUCCCAUGCCCGCACACACCUCGAAAUUCACCAGAAAUUUGGCGGGAAGUGCUCCGAAUUCUCCUCGGCUGUCUGGUUUGGAGUCGAAUGAAGCGGAGAUGAACCUCUCCUCACUCCCCAAUUCAAAUAAUCGGGAUAUGGCAGCCAAUCGGCGCCCUGUGCGGGCGCACCGCUUGAACCCCCCUCGGUACGGCUCUGACUCCGGGGAUACGCUACCCGGGAUCGGUCUUCAUCGUAACAUCGUUGAGGAUCUUUAA